UGCGGCGGAUGUUGAUGUUUGCUCCGGUGUGAACGGGCUCCGGACGCGCUGCUCUGUGUUGUGGUCGUGUCUGCGGCUGUGUCUGUGCUCGUUUCCCGGUAACGUCCCGCUGCUCGUCGGCACCGUGUCUGUCCCGGUGUGUGUCCCGGGGAGCGCGAGGCCGAGUCGUGCGAUGAUGGAGGACUUUGACGAGAUCUACGAGGAGGAGGAGGAGGAGGAGGAAGAGGAGGACGAGGACAGGGCCGCGGAGGAGCAGCUCCUCAAGUACGCCCCGGACCCGGUGGUGGUGCGAGGGUCCGGCCACGUCACCGUAUUUGGGCUUAGUAACAAAUUUGAGUCAGAAUUUCCUUCAGCACUUACAGGAAAGGUGGCACCAGAGGAAUUCAAAGCCAGUAUCAACCGCGUGAACAGCUGCCUGAGGAAGACCCUGCCGGUGAAUGUGCGGUGGCUGCUGUGUGGCUGCCUUUGCUGCUGUUGCACGUUGGGCUUCAGUUUGUGGCCUGUCAUCUGCCUCAGCAAGAGGACAAGAAGAUCGAUAGAGAAACUUCUGGAGUGGGAGAACACCAGACUUUACCACAAGUUGUGUUUGCAUUGGAGACUAAGCAAAAGGAAGUGUGAGACCAACAACAUGAUGGAAUAUGUAAUCCUAAUAGAGUUCUUACCUAAGAUCCCCAUCUUCAGACCGGACUAGGCUGACUGUGGCUGAUCUCAAACCUCCUUUGCUGUCCAGCUCUGUGACAGAACCACAAUGGCGGUCAAGCUCCCGAAUAAAUACCCCGAUGUUUUCGUUUACAGGGUAGCAUCGAUCCUCCCUCUUCUCACUUUGACCCGCUCACCCACACAUAUCACCUUUGUUUACAAAUCCGGCACCCCCCCCAACACUUUUCUUUUUUUGGAGUGAAUUCACCGUUGAACCGCAACCUAUCGGAGCGAGCUGGGGCACUGUUAAGCUAACCGGCACCAGCCUGUGGGAUGUCGUGUGUGUGUGGGGGGGGACCAGCCACAGGCAGCGUUAUGGAUUUUUGGAACUUGAGCUGCAGAUUGGACUCUCAAUUUGAGUCCUCUGAGCUAUGACUGGAAAUUUUUGUCACUUGUAUGUUCCCUUCCCUAAGCACAUGGCACAGUCAGACCAUGAUAAUAAAAAAAACAAAAAACAUUUGCACAUCUCACCCUCUGUCUCACCGGCCAACAUCACCUGCAAAAAAUACACCCCAGUGCUUUCGUAACGGUUGGUUUGGCGCUCUAGAUUCUUCUCUGGAGGCCGUGGAGGAAACGUAAAGAACUCCGAAGGGAACCUCCAUCCAAAUCAACUCUGUAGCGGACAGACUGGUCUUACAGGAGCAUGUUGGGCGAGUGGCCAGGACAGCUGAACUCAAUUAUGUCACUUUUUCUUAUCAACUAGCAGACAUCCUCUCGCCUCCUUCCACAUCUCUGCACAGUUCACAGUGCAUCGACCCUAACCCAGUGACAAUCACACAGUCUUGACUGUACCCUCCGUGGUAUGAAUGGCACUUUGUGCUACACGGUUUACCUGGAACAAUUUGUCUUCAACAGUGUGUGUGUGUGUGUGUGUGUGUGUGUGUGUGUGUGUGUGUGUGUGUGUGUGUGUGUGUGUGUGUGUGUGUGUGUGUGUGUGUGUGUGUGUGUGUGUGUGUGUGUGUGUGUGUGUGUGUGUGUGUGUGUGUGUGUGUCCGUCCAGGUGAUGAGCUGGCUGCCUACUACUGCUUCUGAGUCGCAGUUGAUCAGGUAAAGCUGGAAAGAAAGCCACUA